CAGGCUUCGCGGAGCCCAGGAACCGCGAUAAGAUUUCUUUCCUCACCAAGGUUCCAUCACUCGUCGUCUCUCGCCCUCCAUCUGCCAUGCCCUCCUCCUCGCCUCUCGCUCCCCGCCACCUCCCCUCCGCCUCCCUCCAUCCGAAGACCCGCCGCCGCGUCGCUGUACUUGGCGCUGGCGCCUCCGGCCUCGUUUCCGCUCGCGAGCUUCGGCGGGAGGGCCAGCGCGUCGUCAUCCUCGAGCGCGGCGGUUCGGUCGGCGGGACCUGGGUCUACACCCCCGCCGUCGAGUCUGACCCCCUCAGCCUCGACCCCGGCCGCGAGGUCGUCCAAUCCAGCCUCUACGAGUCCCUCCGCACCAACAUCCCCCGCGAAUCCAUGGGCUUCCUCGACUACCCCUUCGUCGCCCGCCACCGCCGCGGCAACGGCAACGGCAAGGGGGACCCCCGGCGGUUCCCCGGACACCCCGAAGUGCUGCGCUACCUGGAGGAUUUCGCUCGGGAUUUCGAUCUCUACGGGCUGGUCCGGUUCUGGACGGAGGUUGGCCAGGUGGAGAGGGAAAAGGACGGGAGGUGGGCGGUCAGGUCGAGGAGGGUCAGAGGCGGCGAUGGCGGUGACGAGAGCGAGGUAUAUGAUGCGGUGGUCGUUUGCAAUGGCCACUAUACGGAGCCUCGGGUCGCCGACAUUCCUGGUAUUGAUGCAUGGCCUGGGAAGCAAAUUCACAGCCACAACUAUCGUGCCCCGAAGCCAUUCAUUGACCAAGUGGUUGUUAUAAUUGGGAGCUCAACUAGUGCUCAUGACAUUUCAAGGGACAUCUCUGGAUCUGCUAAAGAGGUUCAUAUUGCAAGUAGAUCAGCACUUGUCGGAACUCCCAAUAAGCUGCCUGGUUAUGGUAAUGUGUGGCUUCAUUCCAUGGUAGAAAGGGCUAAUGAAGAUGGUCAUGUGGUGUUUCAAGACGGCAGUUCAGUCCAUGUUGAUGUCAUUAUACAUUGUACUGGGUACAGGUAUAGUUUUCCUUUCCUCAAGACCAAUGGUAUUGUGAAUGUGGAUGACAAUCGUGUAGGGCCUCUCUAUAAGCACAUUUUCCCCCCAGAGCUGGCCCCAUGCCUUUCCUUCAUUGGAAUACCACAGAAGGUGCUCCCUUUUCCCACGUUUGAACUGCAAAGCAAGUGGGUAGCAGGUGUUUUAUCAGGACGGAUCGCACUUCCAACCCAGGAGGAAAUGAUGGAAGAUGUGAAAGCCUUUUACUUGCAAAUGGAAGUUGAUGGAUGGCCCAAAAGAUACACACAUAACCUCUCAAAAUUUCAGUUUGAGUACCUCGACUGGCUUGCCCAUGAAUGCGGGUACCCGGCCGUGGAGGAGUGGAGGAAGCAGAUGUUUGUGGAAAAUACGAAGUACAGGAGAGACCAUCCAGAGAGCUUCCGAGAUGAAUGGGAUGACGAUCAUUUAGUUGCAGAGGCACAUAGAGAUUUUCAAAAGUUUUUAUGACCGCAUGUUGUUUUUGACAAUUGUUUCACUUAUUAAUAGCUAUUUGUAGAAAUAUGUAUUUUUUUGAGCUUUUUUUUUAAUUAAAAUGGAUGUAUCAUACAGUACGGGUACAGAUCCAACCAAAAAUUUUAAAAAAAUAUA